GCUUAAUAAAUCCACAGGACGUCUUUCUUGGACAUCAGCUGGAGAAGCUGGCAGUUUUCAACAUCAAGGCCACAAGGCGCAAGCUGCAAACGCACUAUGUUUGAUCAGCAUUCGUAUCUCGUCUAUUACUUUGGCAUUUUCAAAACAGUGACAUGAGCGCACAGUGCUUGCAGAUAGGCUAUAGUCAAGCGCUUCGCAGUCAGGGGUCCAGGUAUCUUGUUGCUUUCACACCACUGUGGAAGGGCGAUAAAGUGGUCCCAUAAUCCCAUGCCAAAGCAUUUGCAAAGGGGCUGAACAUAGUCCACAUGGUUACAGCAGCAAACAAUGCGGCCAUGAAGCGGCACCUGUAAUUAUGACUUUGAGUACGACGUUAGCCAGAGCGAUGGACUGCGCAUUGAGAGCAGCCUCACAAUGCAGACCUCUGACUAGUGGGAUUACAAAUGCCGUGGAACGGCUGCCCAGACUUUUGCCUGCAAACCGAUUCAUCAGUCAUUCCUGCAGCACUAAAUCAAGAGAAUCGUCAUCAAACAGCAGUGUAAGCCGCCAUGGAAAUCUUCAAAUAGGUGGCCGCCACAGUAUCUCAGUAACUAGAUACAGCAGAAGGAGCGGCAGUUGGCAGCACCACCUAGCCAUCGCAGACGCUUCCAAUCCUUCCACAAGGUCCCGCAGAUUUUCAGCGGCAGCGACUUCAGACAAUGUGGACCCUCCAAGCGGAGGUCCUUCGGACGGUACCACAAACAAUGAUGCCCAGCCAGACCCAUCUUCGCUCGCAGAGGACCUUUACAAGCUAAAACACUGGCUUUCAUCCAAUGGAGCGUUCUUGGGACACAUUGACGUCGGCAACGACAGCACGGGGGGCUUAGGUCUAGUUGCCACUCGCUCUGUCCAAAAAGGGGAGCGUUUGAUCGGUCUGCCUAAGCAUCUGCAGUUAACCUACGAUGAGAGCAGCAGGGGUGAAGAUUCCGCUUUGUUGCCGAUGAUUGAGCGGGUCCCAGACCAGCUUUGGGGCGUCAAGCUCGGUUUGAAACUGCUGGCGGAGAGGGCAAAAGUGAAGGGCGAGUUCUGGCCCUACAUUCUGAACCUGCCUCAGAAGUUCUCCGUCCCCAUGUUCUGGGCGGGGAAUGACAUCCAGGCCCUGCAGUACCCCCCCGUCAUCGAACAGGUCAAGAUGCGCUGCCGCUUCUUGCUCAACUUUGCCGGACGCGACCUUCCCGAGCUUCUGAGCCUGCCCCUCUUUGCGGAUGGCACCCUGCCCCACCCGUUCAGAGGGCAACCAGUGGAUGCAAACGCUUUGGGUUGGGCAAUGGCAGCUGUCUCCAGCAGAGCGUUCAGGGUCCACGGUCCAACGAAGCCGGCUGCGCUUCUGCCUCUGGUGGACAUGUCGAACCACAGCUUUGAGCCUACGUGCCGCCUCCAAGUAGCGGCCCCGAAGGACGGAGUUGCACCACCGCCAGGCAUGCUCGAGGUGGUCGCCCUCACGGACCUCGAGCCCGGCUCCCCCCUUCUCCUUGACUACGGCCCCCUUCGGAACGACUUCUUGCUUCUCGACUACGGGUUCAUCAUAGAGAACAAUCCGCACGACCGAGUCGACUUGCGCUUCGACCUGAAUCUGCUGGAAGCUGCCCGGGUCGUCGGGGGGGUGGACGGGGAGCAGUUUGGCGGGGGGGACCAGAAGCGGGGAAACGUGGCCCCCUGGCAGCAAACGGUGCUCACGCAGCUGCGGCUGGCGGGGCCGCAGGCGCAGCUCCAGGUGGGCAUCGGCGGUCCUGAGUUCGUCGAGGGGCGCUUCAUGGCCGCUCUGCGUACCCUGUAUGCGCGCACCCCUGCAGAUCUGAAGGGGAAGAACCUGGUGCAACUUCAAAACCCGGGGCCGGAGGGCGCCCUUGGGGCGUCGAAUGAAAAGCAAGUUUUGCAUACGGUGAUAGGGGCGUGUGCAGUUGCGUUGAGUAGGUUCCCAAGUACGGCAAAGCAGGACGAAGAGCUUCUAGAGGCUGGGGGCCUGUCGGAAGCGACCGAGACGGCGAUAAGGUUUAGGCUAGGGAAGAAAAGAUUGCUUACCGCUGCCAUUGGUGAGCUAGGCCGUCGGUUACAAGACAUCCUUGCAGAGAGUGGAAGGGCGAAAACUGCGAGCGGAUUGGCAAAGAAAAAGGGAAAGGGCUUUGGCUGAGAUAUGCGUGCCUGAUUGCAGACAGCUUUCAAUUGCAAUUAAGGUUCGGAAAACGACUCACCUGUGCCCCGUAUCGGAGCUGAAAAGCGCGUCAAUGAAAGGUAGAGGGUUAGAUCAGUCCUACGGUUGAUGCCAUACAGAGCCACAGACAAAGGAUCGAAUGCAAAGGUGUCCCUCAGCUGAUAAGUAGUACCUUGGCAAGUCAUUUGCCUUAUUCUCA